GGCAAAAGCUCCAUGAUCACUCAAAGGGGCCCGCCCCCUACUUUGGGAACUACUGUUCACCCAUUGUUCCUACUUUUCAGUGUUACACAUACAUGAAACUUGGACAGAGUCGUUUGUCAAUUUUGGGAUUAAAUAAAUACAUCAGACGUAAUCCAACAUUACCACCAUUCUGGGGGUUAUCUGUUAAUAAAAAUGGACUCAUUCUGAGGAAAUAAACACAAUACUACAGUACAAGUGUUUCAUCUACUAAUUAAAGUCCACCCCCCACCACCACCCGCGACCCCCUGAAUCCAGUAUCCACCUCCACAAGUAUCAGGCAGGCUACUAAUAGUUUGUAUAAUUAACCUGGCAGGAUGGAUAAUCAAUUCGUUCAAUCAGGGCCAGAUCCUGAUUGGCUCUUGAUCAUGACUCAGUAAUUAGAAAGCAAACAGAGGCCUCAAGUUCCCAACUGCACUUUAUCACUGGCUCCACAUGGAGCAGCGUCGAGACUUCACUUCAGACAUCACUCUGUGUUACUGUGUAACGGCAGACGUAGAAAACACAGCAACCUUUUAAUGUUUUGGUAAUUAAAUAAGCGUUUCUUUUUUUAAAACCAAAUACCAAACCAUGAGACUAAAUGAAUGCUCAAAUGUCACAUCAAAAUUAUUCUAACACUUUAGUUCACCUAUUGAAUUUGACAGAAAUCUAUUAAUGGAGUAUUGAUUGGUCCUAAUGGUAAAAGUAAUGUUUAACACAUUGCUGCUGUGCCCCGUUAAUUUAGUUAAUUUCCCUGCUGACCUUUUCCAUUGACUCCACAUGGGAGUCAUGUAAAUAAAACCUUCCAGAAAAAAAAGUGAGAGGAAAAAUGACCAUCAACUCCACUCAUUUUGUCUCCUUGUCGUCAUUGGGAAGACGUCAUUGGGAAGACAAACCUGUCUAAGGUUUCGGUAAGUGAUCGGACAUUGAUUUUGAAAGUUUUGACUCAAUGAUUUGCCGCAAUUUCCAAAAGCAGACGUUGUUCUUUUUACAGACAUUUAAAAACGCUCUGACGCAGAGGCUUCUUUGUUCGUCUUCCUACUUUCUGACUUCAGCAUCCCUUCCUCAGCAGCCAGGCAGGCUUCUGUGAUGUGGACCGCUGAGAGAAAAUACUUCAGGUUCUGCUGUGGUUAGUUUAAAAGAGUCUCAAUCAAUUUACCCGUGUCAGUCAAGUCGUCAUUCUCACACAGCGAAACUGCCAGGCUGUAAUGAAAUAAAUCAAUAACACGUUGGUUUUUCCCCAGCUGGAGUCAUCACUUGUGGUUACAGGAGAUGAUAUCUGACAUCUCCACUGCUCUUAACAUUAUAGCUCAUCUGACGUUGUUUGAAAAAACCCAGAGGGACAGAGGUAGGGCUGAGAUGGAACUGUUCACUCUCUGACGGUAUGAAGAACUGAAUUUGAACUAUUGGUAAAUGAAUUUCAGGUCCUUUAAUAAAGUGCAUUUCAGUUGGUUGAUGGAGUCUAAAAAAAUGUAUUUUUGUUGUCUGGUUGCCUGAUGCAGUAGUUCUCAAGCUAUGGCAAGUGUACCACUGGUGGUACCCCAGCUCCCUUUCAUGGUACAUAAUGGAAUUUUGUUUUCCUUAGCUAACAUGUUAAAUAAAAAUCAAACAUCGCAGGAAACAUCUGGUAGAACCAGCCAAAAAAUUCAUUAGGCCAACAGCUUUGCCUAAAAAACUUCUGCAUGAAAACUACACGUCCAUUCUUUGACAGGUAAGAAUUAAAGUUUGGUGUCCUUGGAGUUUGUCGGACCGAACUCCUGUAAUUGACCUGUUAGCCUGUCCAGUUAGUCAAACCUCCCGGUGCUUUGACUUGAUAAUUUGAUCGAGCCGCAGCUCCCUCUGAUGUGCGUCAUCACUAAUUAUACCCAGCCUUAUAGCUUGAAUUGCGCGUUCCUUCCAACAAGAACCAACCUCCGUCUGAUUGGAGUGGACGGAUGUGCGCGGCGCGGCGUGGCGCACCUCCUCGGCGCAAUUCACAUUUCAGUGUGCUCUCCAGACGGAUGGAGAUCCGUCAGUGGACGGCUGGCGCACGCUGAACGCAUCCUUAAAAUCUGCAGAGACGCGGACCUUUCUUCUCAGUUUACAUCUUCGCAUUUUACGCACGCAGCAAGAGUGGGAUUACAACUAGAACAGUUUUCUUAAAAAACAAAAAUUAAGAGAGAGAGCGAGAGAGCGUCUGCACUUGGAUGCCAGGAAGAACAUCUUGUGGAACAUUUGAAGAUGGGAGAGAACACUCGUGCACGAGCACUGAAUCACUAAAGUGGACUGUUGUGUCAUCCCGGUAAUCGGUGGCAUGUGAUAAAAAGUGAGAGUAACACAAAGUAACCCAAGCAUCAUGGACUCCUGGAUUUUCGCAUCGUCGUCGCCCAAUCUGUCGGACCACCUCCUGUACGACAGCUUUGUGCAGGGUAACGACUCCGACCUCCCAGGAAACUACACCGACCACAGCUACAACAAGAUCAGCAGCGUGGUCAUCACCUGCAUGUACUUCCUGGUCUGCACCGUGGGGCUGUGUGGGAACACACUGGUCAUCUACGUCAUCCUGCGUUACGCCAAAAUGAAGACAGUCACCAACAUCUACAUCCUCAACCUGGCCGUCGCCGACGUGCUCUUCAUGCUCGGCCUGCCGUUCAUCGCCAUCCAGCUGGCCCUGGUCCACUGGCCUUUUGGUCCGGUUCUCUGCAGAGUGGUGAUGACCGUUGACUCCCUGAAUCAGUUCACCUCCAUCUUCUGUCUGAUGGUCAUGAGCAUCGACCGCUACUUGGCCGUGGUGCAUCCCAUCAAGUCCACAAAGUGGCGCAAACCCCGUAUGGCCAAGACCAUCAACCUGACGGUGUGGGGCGUGUCCAUGAUGGUCAACCUGCCUAUCGUCAUCUACAGCGGUAUCAUCACCAAGCACGACGGCUGCUUCUGCACCAUCGUGUGGCCCGAGCCUCAAGAGGCCUACUACACGGCGUUCAUGUUCUACACCUUCGUCGUGGGCUUCUUCCUGCCCCUCAUGGUCAUCUGCCUCUGCUACUUGUUCAUCAUCAUCAAAGUGAAGUCCUCAGGCAUCCGUGUGGGCUCCUCCAAGAGGAAACGCUCGGAGAGGAAGGUGACCCGCAUGGUCUCCAUUGUGGUGGCGGUGUUCGUCUUCUGCUGGCUGCCUUUCUACAUCUUCAACGUCACCUCGGUGACGGGCACCAUCAGCACCACCCCCAUCCUGAGGAGCACUUUCGCUUUUGUGGUGGUGUUGGGAUACGCCAACAGCUGCGCCAACCCGAUCCUCUACGCCUUCCUGUCGGAGAACUUCAAGAAGAGUUUCCAGAAUGUUCUCUGUCUGAAGAAGGUGGGGGGGCUGGACGAGGUGGAUCGCAGUGACAGCCGGCAGGAUAAGUCUCGCAUGAUGAACGACCCCACGGAGACUCAGAGUACUCUGCUGAAUGGAGACCUGCAGACCAGCAUCUGAGCGGCAGGAGGCACGGCGCUCGCAUCAACGAUCAGCGUUCAGCUGAGCGUGGUCGCAGCAGAGGAGACGUCAGUGAUGAAUAAACAAAAUGUUCAAGUGAGAACGACAGUUUGUUCGACAGAUCUGUUCCUUUGUGUCUCAGUGAUUGUCUGCACAUCAGUUCUAACCAUCAGUGCUGCAGGUUCGUACACAUGUUCUGCUCUUUAUUGUAAAUACGUGUACGCAGUUGAAGGAGAAAAUGAUUCAUAUAUUAUUUGAAUUGAAUUUCCACAGCUGCGUGACAGUAUUUACUGGAUUCAGUAACUGGUUUGUACUGGUUUCAUCCAGUUCUUCAGCCAAGCCAAAAAAAAAAAAAAUCAACUUUUAUCAGUUAAAGAUUUGGACACGCUGCCCUUGGUAAGUUUUUAAGUGUAUGUUUCAGCUCAGCCCUGAAGUCAGAGAAUACAAUCUUGGGCGGUUUUACUCAUCCUGAGCUUGUGGCCUUAGAGAGAAAUAUUAGUUGAGUGGAAUUUACAGCUUAAAAAAGUCGAAUCCUGAUCCAUCCAUAUAGACAUCUGCCUGUGACAUGUGAUACUUAUUGUUUGUGAUAAUGUUAUAAAUAUGUGAAGCUGAAAAACAUUCCUGGGCUAACUUUCAACCUCAUUCCAUUGUGUUAUGGCUGUAGAUUACGAUUGUUUAUAAAAACUGUUUCCUUAUGUCUUUUACUUCAUUUACUGUAAAUAAGCUGUGUCUUUUCUGUCUGUCUGUUUUUUCUACCUUAUCCGAAGCCUUUGCCCCCAGUUUAUGUGAGUAAUUUAAAGUAAAAAUAUAGUGUCCAUCUUCAUUAACCAGGUGAUAUUACAGUAAUAUAAUAUCACAUAUGGUCAAUAAACCCAGCUGGCCUUUAACCAAAGUGCUGCUAGAAACUACAAUUGUAUAUAAUGUGUUAUGUGGUGACUUUUUGCUAUUUGACUAUUUGUUACCAUGACUUGGCCUGUGAUCUUGGUAUACCAUCUAAUAAUCCUUACGUUUAGGUAACUAAAAGGUUUUUUCACUACAGUCUGCAUGGUUCAGUGGAGAAGCAGUGCAGAGCACUGCCCUCAAGUUUUCAUUCAAUGUCAAAGUAUGUCAAACUUUGACUAUGAUGAAUAAUAAGGGAAAAAACAAAACAGCUGUUGAUUUUUUUUCUAGGUUCACUCAUCGAUAAAUGGAGGAGUGGGGGUUACAUUACAAGAGCUUUCAAAAAGAAAAACAAAACAAACCACAAAUGACGUGCCAAUGAUCAAUGGUUUAGAAGAGAGCAGCU